CUCCCCCGAUUGUUCAGGUGCCGGGUUCGAUUGCUGGUCAAUUGUCUUCCCCCCAGUGUUUAUCAAUCACCCCGACUGCAGCAACUGUUCUUGAAGCAGAUUACUGGACUCUGAAUAUCUUUCGCACACCCUCCAGAAUCUAUAUCUAUAUACACUCCUUUACCAAUCCACCACCCCGCUAGCGUUCGCGAUACUACGUCACAAGGGAGAAUGAGGAUCCGGAUUCGCGGUCCGGCGGGACAGUCCACCGUCACGCUGGAUGCAGAUGCAACUGUCGACGACCUCCGGCACCAAAUCACGGAGAAAACGGGGCUGACGGCGUACGAUGUAAAAUAUGGAUAUCCAGAUAUCAAGCCCUUGGUGCUAGGCGCGCUUCCUUCGAAGCAGAAACUAGCAGAUCUUGACAUUACCCUGAACGGGGAACAACUUAUCGUCACACAGCAAGAGAACUCGGCUCAUACCCCGCUAAAGAACGAACCUCAAGCGGCAGAUUCGCCGCUGAAAGCGCCAGUUGUAGGCAGCACACAUAAGAAGGGUUCUGAUGAUCCGCCGGAGGUCCCCUCGCCUGACCAUAGCGGAACCUUCGUUCUCCGAAUCAUGCCCGAUGACAACUCUUGUCUCUUUCGUGCAGUGAGUAGUGCGACUAUGGGAGGAGUAGAUGCCAUGACCGAAUUACGAUCUGUUGUUGCGCAAACAAUCCAAGCGCACCCAGACCUUUAUACUGAGGCAGUAUUGGAAAAGAAGCCGGAUGAAUACUGCCGCUGGAUCCAGAAUGAGGACUCUUGGGGUGGUGGUAUUGAGCUGAGCAUUCUGAGCAAGCAUUUCGACAUUGAAAUAUGCUCCAUAGAUGUGCAGACCCUUCGCAUCGAUCGCUUUAACGAAGGCGCCCCGAUGCGGUGUAUCGUGGUCUAUUCGGGAAUCCACUACGAUACAAUCGCUUUGUCGCCUUCUAGUCCGCCCUAUACCCACUCAGAUGUGCCUCCUGACUUUGAUACAAAAGUCUUCGACGCUGCAGAUCCAUUGGUACUCGAGAAGUCGCAGGAACUCUGUCAGGUUCUGCAAACCAGGCAUUACUACACUGACACAGCUGGGUUUCGUCUUCGUUGCAAUACGUGCGGAGGGACAUUCGUCGGAGAGAGAGGUGCUACGCAACACGCCGAACAAACAGGACAUGUUGAUUUCGGCGAGGCUGGCUGAACAGAACCUGUGCUAGCUGGGUGAGCAUCCAUCUUCCAAGAUAUAUACGACACUAUAAAUAUUAUAAUGUGGCUGUUGGUGAAAGCCGCAACUCCUAAAUUACUAGACUUAGAGGUCGGGUAUCCCCUACUUUCAGUGCGGCUAAAUGAAUCAGUUCUUCAGUCUACAUGUCUUUCCUGGCUCCCUCGUUCAGUAAUUGUACUUGCUAGAGAAUAUAUCGCCUGGACCCAAGGAACCAUCCUUU